GGACCACCACGGAGGUCCUAGUUCGGGACCCUGGCUCUAAGGAGUGGAAGCCAGGGCCCACACUUUCUAUCCCUUUCUUCUCCGUCCAGUAUCGGCAACGGGUUGUCGCCGGCUUCCGCAUCCAGGAUGAAGAACUAUAAAGCAAUUGGCAAAAUAGGAGAGGGAACGUUUUCUGAAGUUAUGAAGAUGCAGAACCUGAGAGAUGGCAACUACUACGCGUGUAAACAGAUGAAACAGCACUUUGAAAGUAUUGAGCAAGUGAACAACCUACGUGAGAUACAAGCACUGAGACGCCUGAAUCCACACCCGAACAUUCUCACGUUGCACGAAGUGGUUUUUGACAGAAAAUCUGGUUCUCUCGCACUAGUAUGUGAACUUAUGGACAUGAAUAUUUAUGAGCUAAUACGAGGAAGAAGACACCCAUUAUCAGAGAAAAAGAUCACGCUGUAUAUGUACCAGCUGUGUAAGUCCUUGGACCACAUGCACAGAAAUGGAAUAUUUCACAGAGAUGUAAAACCAGAAAAUAUAUUAAUAAAGCGGGAUGUCCUAAAGCUCGGGGACUUCGGGUCGUGCCGGAGCGUCUACUCGAAGCAGCCGUACACGGAGUACAUCUCCACCCGCUGGUACCGGGCCCCUGAGUGCCUCCUCACCGAUGGCUGCUACGGCUUCAAGAUGGACCUGUGGAGCGCGGGCUGCGUGCUCUACGAGAUGGCCAGCCUGCAGCCGCUCUUCCCCGGAGCCAACGAGCUGGACCAGAUCUCCAGGAUCCACGACGUCAUGGGCUCACCUCCUGAGAAGACCCUCACCAAGUUCAAGCAGUCGAGAGCUAUGAGUUUUGAUUUUCCUUUUAAAAAGGGAUCAGGGAUACCUCUACUGACCACCAGUCUGUCCCCGCAAUGCCUCUCCCUCCUGCAUGCCAUGGUGGCCUAUGACCCCGACGAGAGAAUCACUGCCCAUCAGGCCCUGCAGCACCCCUACUUCCAGGAGCAGAGGGCGGCUGAGAAGCAGGCGCUGGCGAGGGCCAGGUGGAAGGCCCCUGCUCCCUUCCCCGAGUGCCCCACGGCCCCAGAGCUCAGCAGCACCUGGCAGACGGCGCAGGAGGGCCGGAAGCAGAAACAGCCCCCAAGGCCAGAGGAGAACUACCCCCAGAGGCCGGGGCCGGCCUACCUGAUGGAGCUGCCCAGGCUGAAGCUGUCCGGAGGGGCCAAGCUGGCCUCCUACUCCAGCCCGGCCCUGCCGUCAGUAUUCCUCCCAAAGGUGCCGCUGCUGAGACCCCUGAAGUGCGUCGGUGCGGCCCAGAAGACAGACACGCAGAAGGACAUCAAGCCCAGCCUGAAACAGUACCGCCUGCCCACGAUAGAGCGCAGAGGUGGGGGCUCCUGA